UGAGACCAAGGACCCAAGCCUUAGAGGAAAAUGAAGCACCUAUAUCAGGUUGCUGGCUGGACUCUCAUUAUUUUGGGGAGUCUCAGUGUAUUCUCUGGAGUUAUUGCUUUCUUCCCUGUCUUUUCUUACAAGCUUUGGUUCACAGGAUGGAGUGUUUGGAUUGCUUGUCCCAUCUGGAAUGGAUCUUUGGCCAUCACGGCUGGUGUACUUCUACUGUUGGCUCACAGAGAGUGGACCCAGAGAUACCUGUGGGAAGCCAGCUUCACCUUUGUGAUUCUGAGCAUUGUGGGAUGCCCACUCCAUUUUGCAAUAGCCUUGGAAUCUGCUCUCCUUGGCCCAUAUUGCUUCUACUCGUUUUCAGGGAUUGCAGGAACCAAUUACCUUGGUUAUGCAGUUGCCUUUCCUUUUCCGUAUGCAAAAUUCCCAUCGAUCUGCGUGGACCCACCACUCUAUGCAGAGUACCACCUGACACUUCAAGCCCUCGACCUAUGCCUGAGCUUUGCCAUGUUCUGUGCAUCCCUGACAGUGCUCGUCAAGCUCUCCACAAGACUUCUUCGGAAUGGAGACAUAAACGGUCAAAAGAACGGACAGUAAAUUUGAACCAGUGUGCCUCUUAAAUUUGCCUUAUUUAUGGUCAUUUCUUUGAAAUACUUACAAAAUAAUUUUCACCUCUAAACUUUUUUUCUCUGUUUUUAUAAAAUAAAAUUGAAAUAAUUAUUUAUUUUGGCCCUUUUUGAUUGUUAGCCUUGUCUUUUCUGGUUUACAUGUUAUGAUA